GAUUGGGUCGAUCGGAUGGUGAAGCCGGUGCCGUAUCGUGGGCGGAAGUAGACUGUAGCGAUCCCGGCGGCGGCGGCGGCAGCAGCAGCAUGGCGACCGACGAAGCGCUGGAUCUGUUCGUGAGCAUCGGGCUGAGCGAGAGCAAGGCUCGCGAGACUCUCCGGAACGAGGCGCUCACCACGUUGCUCCGCGAGGCUGUCAUUCAGACCCAAAGAAUCCUUGGCUCAUCUGUUGAUAAGACAGUUGGCACUUUGCUAUAUAAUGUGGCCUCUCGGCUUAAGGAUCCAAAGCAUCUCAGCUUCCUUGUGGAGCACAUCGCUGCCAAGAAAAUUGUGACAGAUCUGCAGCUCAAUGCUGCUUUGGAGUAUGUUAAAAGUCAUCCCGUGGAGCCCAUUGAUGAGGCAGACUUCAGCAGGGAAUGUGGCAUUGGUGUGGUGGUAACACCAGAACAGAUUGAAGAGGCGGUGGAAGCUGCCAUCAGCAAACACAGAGCCCGGCUCCUUUUGGAGCGUUACCGCUUUAACAUGGGGGCUUUGAUGGGGGAGGUGCGGAGCAAACUGAAGUGGGCGGAUGGCAAAAUCAUCAAGAAUGAGGUGGAUCUACAGGUGCUCCAUUUGCUGGGUCCAAAAACAGAAACUGAUCUGGAAAAGAAACCCAAGGGCCUGAAAUCACGGGCUGCUGAGCCGGACAAGAAGGGCAAAUCAGUGGUGGUGGAAAAUGGUGAGGUUUAUCAAGAGACAAAAUCCCUCAUGGAGCAGCUGAGGGGGGAAGCCCUCAAAUUUCAUAAGCCAGGUGAGAACUACAAAACUGAAGGCUAUGUUGUCACGCCCAACACCAUGAACCUGCUCAAGCAGCAUCUGGAGAUCACGGGCGGACAGGUGCGCACAAGGUUCCCCCCGGAGCCCAACGGCAUCCUGCACAUCGGUCAUGCCAAAGCCAUCAAUUUCAACUUUGGCUUUGCCAAGGCAAAUGGUGGAAUUUGUUUCCUGCGGUAUGAUGACACAAAUCCUGAAAAGGAGGAGGAGAAGUAUUUUACAGCUAUUCGUGACAUGGUGGAAUGGUUAGGGUACACCCCCUAUGCAGUGACGCAUGCCUCCGACUACUUUGACCAGCUGUACACCUGGGCUGUGGAUCUCAUCCGCCGGGGCCAUGCUUACGUCUGCCACCAGAAGGUAGAAGAAAUUAAAGGACACAACCCGCCCCUUUCCCCGUGGCGAGACCGGCCAGUUGAGGAGUCACUCAUGCUGUUUGAGGACAUGCGCAAAGGGAAGUUUGAGGAGGGGGAGGCCACAUUGCGCAUGAAGCUGGUGAUGGAGGAUGGAAAGAUGGAUCCUGUUGCUUAUCGCAUUAAAUACACAGCGCACCACCGCACUGGAGAUAAAUGGUGUAUCUACCCCACUUAUGACUACACGCAUUGCCUGUGUGACUCUAUAGAGAACAUCACUCACUCACUCUGCACCAAAGAAUUUCAGGCCAGACGUUCUUCAUAUUUCUGGCUGUGCAAUGCCCUGGACAUAUACUGCCCUGUGCAGUGGGAGUACGGGCGCCUCAACCUCCUCUAUACCGUGGUCUCCAAACGGAAGAUCAUCCGCCUGGUAGAAGCCGGGGCUGUUAGGGACUGGGACGACCCACGGCUUUUCACGCUGACAGCUCUAAGGCGCCGAGGUUUUCCUCCAGAGGCAAUCAACAACUUCUGCGCUCGGGUGGGCGUCACGGUGUCCCAGUCCACCACAGAGCCUCACCUGUUGGAAGCUUGCGUACGCGAAGUGCUGAACGAACAGGCGCCUCGUGCCAUGGCUGUGCUGGAGCCCCUGAGACUGACCAUUACUAAUUUCCCUGCACCGCACAAAGUCAUGGAAGUGCUUGUGCCCAAUUUCCCUGCAGAUGAGACCAAAGGCUUCCAUAAAGUCCCCUUCCAACCAACCGUCUAUAUUGAGCAGAGCGACUUCCGGGAGGUUCCGGAUAAAGGUUACAAGCGCUUGGCUCCUGGACAGCCGGUGGGUUUGAGGCAUACAGGCUAUGUCAUUGCUGUCCAAAACAUUAUUAAGGAUGCCAGCGGACAUGUACAAGAGCUUGAGGUGACCUGCACAAAGUCGGAGGCAGCGGAGAAACCCAAGGCCUUUAUCCACUGGGUGUCAGAUCCUCUCGUGUGUGAAGUUCGACAGUAUGAGCGGCUGUUCCUGCACAAGAAUCCUGAAGACCCCACGGAAGUGCCAGGGGGCUUCCUGAGUGAUGUCAACCCUGACUCCCUCCAUGUGGUUGAAGAGGCUUUGGUGGACAGAUCUGUGUGCGGGGCUAAGCCGUUUGCAAAAUUCCAGUUUGAGCGGCUUGGCUAUUUCUCAGUAGAUCCUGACAGCACGGAGGCGAAGCUUGUCUUCAACCAGACUGUGACCCUGAAGGAGGAUCCUGGGAAGGCAUGAGGACGUUUCCAUGGUGAUUUCUGGUCACAUACAGAGUUGCUCAGGAGUCACUUCCCCCCCUUCUCCUGCAUGGCCGGGGGGUGGGGGAGAUGGUGACGUGCAGCCCCAGCACAGUGAUUGCUGCCGAGCCACAGUGGCCUUAACAUGCAUCCUGGAUCCUGACUCAUCCCAUCAAUAAAAAGGGAGACUCCAGAAAUUUUUUUCCUGUGUCUUGGGAAUGGGAUGGGUGAUCGGGCUAUGAGGGGAGGACUACUUUGGCUUUACCUCACUUGUGUGGAUGGACAUAAUAUCAAAACAGUAAGUCUACGGACAGAGAUCUAUUAAUGGAAGCCUGGAACUUGCGUAUUUUUAACUUCUCUCUCUCUUUGGUAACCAGUUUUUAUACUGCAAAUAGCCGCUUCAAAGGAUGUCACUGUCCUUGAAUGUCACUGUGGGUGAGAACUGGGCCUCUUUUCCUCAUGAGUUUCCUUUUUAUUUAUUUAUUUUAUGGAUAUACUGUAUAUGCCAGCUUGCCGGUGACAAAUUUCCCUAUAAUGUAAUUUAAACAGUUAAAAACACCAACAUUGAAAA